GGUGGGGGGGAGAGAUAAGAGAGAGAAGAGGAAAAGGAGAGAGGAGAAGGAAGGAAGAAGAAGGAAGGAAGGGGACAAUACGAUCAUGCUGUGCUGUAUGAGAAGAACAAAACAGGUUGAAAAAAAUGAGGAUGGAGACCAAAAGAUCGAGCAAGAUGGCAUCAAACCAGAAGAUAAAGCUCAUAAGGCAGCCACCAAAAUCCAGGCCAGCUUCCGUGGACACAUAACAAGGAAAAAGCUCAAGGGGGAGAAGAAGGGAGAUGCCCCAGCAUCUGAGACUGAUGCCACCGACAAGAAGGAGGAAGGCCCUGCCGGCGGAGCGGCCGAGAACAAAGAAAGCGAGGCUCCUGCUGCCACAGAAGCCGCCGCCGACAGUGCCCAGCAGCAGGAGGGCAGCAAAGACAGCAGCGCGCCAGCGGAGGAGAAAAAGGGAGACGGAGCCGGCGAGACGGGCUCAGAGCAGCCAGCCCCACAGGCUGCCGCUCCCGCUGCCUCCUCCGAGGAAAAGCCCGCUGCUGCCGCUGCCCCCGAAAGGGAAAGUGCCACUAAAGCUUCCACUGAUAACUCGCCGUCCUUGAAGGCUGACGAAGCCCAAGACAAAGAGGAGCCUAAACAAGCCGAUGUGCCUGCUGCUGACACCACUGCCACCGCCACCCCUGCCGCAGAGGAUGCUACUGCCAAGGCAACAGCGCAACCCCAAAUGGAGACAGUGGAGAGCAGCCAAACCGAAGAGAAGACAGAUGCUGUAGAAGAAACCAAACCUACUGAAAGUGCCCAGCAGGAAGAGGUGAAAGAAGAAGAGAGCAAGGCGGACCAAGAAAAUGCCUGAACAUUAAGAAAUGACUCCCCAUUGCCCCUCCCUCCCUCCCCCUAUCCUCUAUCCUUCCUUCCCACCCCAAUCUCGAUUUCCCCCCUUCCUGCUCACAUCUGUGAGCCUGUCUGUCCCUCUCCCAUUACCACUUAAACCCUUUUUCUCUCUGUGUGGCAAACAUUUAAAGAAAAAAAAAAGCAGGAAAAAUCCCAGUCAAACAGUGUGGCUUAAACAUUUCUUUGUUUCUUGGUGUUGUUAUGGCAAGUUUUUGGUAAUGAUGAUCCAAUCAUUUUGGGAAAAUUCUUGCACUGUAUCAGAGUUCUUUGACCUGGCGCGUGCGUGUGUCUGUCUGCCCACUGCGGGCGCUCUCUCUCUCUCUCCUCUCUCUCUUCUCCAAGUGUGUGUGUGUGUGCAAUGUUACGUUCAUCUGAGGAGUCCAGACUUACUAGUUAAAACAAUAGAGGGGAAAAAAAGGUUCUUUUCUUCCUUUUUCAAUGUGAUGGAAUGAACGAAAGAAAAAGCAAACAAAAGACCAAACACAACAAACAAAAUGAACAAAAAAGAAUACUAAACCCCAGCUUGUUUUCAGAACUAAAGCAACAACUAGAAAAUGUGCCAAUUAGCAUAAUGCUUGGCUCCAGGCUCCUUUUUCAAACUGAACAAUAAUUAUAAUAAAUGAGAAUAAUUAUCAUUAAUAUCACCGUGUCGCAUUUCUAUGCUGCCAUACAUCCUGCUGGCCUGUGGUCCUUGGUGGGCCACUUCUUGCGUGGCCCAGCUGUGCUCCUUGGCCACCAGUCACUGACUGACUGCUCUCCCUGGCACUACUGAGGGGAUUUUUAAGGGGCACAUGCUUGGAUUUUGAGCAAGAUGUUAGCACUGACUAACACAAAUAAUGGAAGUAGUAAAAUCAGUUUUCGGAAAGAUGAUUGAAAGCGUCCCUCUUGGAGACCUCUAGGCCCCGAUUUGGAGAACUAUGGUGACCUUGGAGGCAUGAGCCUGCAGAGGGACCAGCUUUGAUCCAUGCCCAAGGUCUAACCCCUGCCAAGGGAUGGGCCAAGGGCUGUGAGGGGACAGGGCCCUAGGACCUGAGCUAAGUGCCACAGUAGGAUGAUGCUCACCCCAUUGGGCUGGGGUUGAAGUCCCUGAGUAGCAUAGUGUGGCCCCCCAAAAGUGUUCUGUUUGGCAAAAUAAAUUGGGCCAGUUAUUGCUCAAUAUUUAUGGAAUAAAUGGGCACGUGGGCAGGACAAGGCUUGGUGGUCUAGGAGCCAGCUGGUGGCACUUUGAGAAAUACCUCAUUCCUGUUCCUGCUGAACCCAGGGUGCUUCACCCAGCUCUAAAGAGGGCCAAGGCUUUCAGCUGUCAUUUAUGGCUGUCAGCAGAGCCCCACCUCCUAAAUCUCCACCACUGCUUCCCACAGGUUGUGGGCUGUUCCUGGUGCCACCCAGCCUGUCCCAGUGGAAGACUGACAGACACCAAACCCUGAGCCUGUGCAGCCAUCUGGGUCUGCUGCUGCCUUUAUGAGCUGUGAGAGCAAACAAUUAAAAUACAUUUACUAAUAUCCGGACUUUCAUAAAAGCUAAUUACUGCUCUUUCACUGCCCUGAUUAUUUUCAUGAGGUUUUCCAGCAGCUCCUGCAUGGUUUCCUGGCCUUGUUGGCAAUGACUGCCAGAGUACCCUGCAGCAUACCUGGGUGAUGCUGCAGGACCAGGAUUAAAUUGUCCUUGCAGCAGGAAGACCAAAAGAUGGGAAUGCUGACAGCUCCAGCGUCCUUUGGUGGCCGAUGCUUCCAUGGGCGAGUGGCAUCCCCAUGGCCUUCCGAGGGCUGGCUGGCACUCCAUGUCCUGCUCCUUUGUUCUCCUCCAUCUCUUUGUUGGAAAUAGGGAGAAAAGAUGAACAGUGUCUCCUCAGAAAUGGUCACUUUGAACGUAGACUGCUCACUGGAAGUGCCAUCAACAUGUCAGGAUUAAUUUCCAUGUGCUUCCUGGCAUUCUGUAGAAAUAAGAGAGAGAGAGACAGGGAGGGUUUUUUCUAAAGAGAGGGAAAGAGAGAGUGGGAGAUAGAUUGGACAAAGAUUUUUAAAAACAGGGAUUAGAGAGAUGAAGGGGGGAAAGAUUUUCGAGUGGAUAGAUGGAUGAUAGGGAGAGAGAGGGGAGUAUAGCUAGAGAAAGAAAGAUUAGAGUGCAAAAGAUGAGAGAGAGACAGGAAGAAAUUAGAUAAUAUGGAGCAAUAGAUGAUUGAUAGAGAUAGUGAAACGUAGAUAGCUAAAGUAGAUUAGAUGGACUAAAUAGGUAGAAAGAUGGGCUGACUGACAGAUAGGUAUUGUGUCAUACUUCAUAAAUGAUAUAUAUGCUAAUAUUCCCAUGUCAUGAUGGGUGGUAAACCCUGAGACACCUUCCAGCCUGACCUCAAUUCAGCAAAUGUAGCGCAGACAUCAGGCAUUGCUUGGACCGUAUGUCAGGUCUCACCACCCGCCCGUGUCUGCCACGGAAGCAGUGGGGUGGGGAUGGUGUUUGGGAGGGAGAGCACUGGGGGACACGGGGGCUGAGGCAUAGGGAGGAGAGGUGUACAGUAUGUUUGCUGUUCGUAGCACACAAGGGGCCCAGCCCAGCACAGACACUGCAGACACCCCGUGUCUCUAGCACCAAGUUGACAGAACUGAGGUUCAGCUCUCAGGAUUUGUGGGAGAGGUGUUUGGGAGGAGGCAGGAAGGAGGGACCAUGGUUUUUGUUUGGCCUUAUCUCCUGUCAUGAUAAUUUUAAAAGGUUUUCUGUCUUGCCUGUUUCUGCAAAGACCACGUGGUUUCCCUACUCUUCUGAUUUCAGAUCCCAAAGUUUUCAUCUUGCCUCCACUUUGCUAUUACUAUUUUUAACUUUAUACGGAAAAGAAAACCACUUCUCAUGUCUUCCUGGACAUAGGCCUUCCUCCCUCCUCAAAAAAUGAAACAACUUUCUCUCCCCAGGGACGUUUUAACUUUAUACUUCGCAUGUUGCCUCCCCCUUGGCUGAUGGUUGGGGCAUCGUGCGUUUUUAGUCACCAUUUUUAAGAACAUACUUUGCCAUCUUGCUCAGAGAACAAAGGGUUAGGUUUUGUGUUUUGGUUUUUUCCCCCAAAAAGAGAACGGGAUAUGUGGUUACCAACUGCAAACCAAAAAAAAAUUAAAUACUAAUUCCUCUCCCUUGCUUCCAAUUUAAAAUUAUUGUCUGUAACCAAGCACCCCAAUCUUUAUUAUUGUACCUUGUCCUGAUUCUGCCAGAGAGUCAGGGCAAAGAGAGCGUGAGAGAGAGCACAGAGACAAACCCUGCCUUGAGCAGGCAGUGGUUUUAUGUGUAAUACACAAGAUUUGUAUAGGAAGCUGGGCUGUCUUCAGGGUACAGGAAGAGAGCAGGGAAAAAGCAUUUGGAUUUCCUUGAGUUGCCUCUUCAGCCAGAUUUUCCAAGGCUAAAAGGAAACACUUAUAAAGGAUGUAACAUGGGACGGAAACUGGAAAGAGAACAAGGGUAUUUGAGGAAUGAUUCUUCUAGCAAGACAUCAAGUGAGCUGAAAGCAGCAGAAGAGGCAGGAGGUCCCAGAAGUAGAGUUCGGCAAAGAGUCAUCAGGGGAAUAGUUGAAGCUUUUCUACUACUCCUGCUGUAACAACCUGCAGGAAUUCCCCAGGGAGUAUGUAGCUAAUUCUCUCUCCCUGAAGAGGAUAAAGGUUUGCCUGGAGGUGUCUGUGGUUGUUACUUCACGUAAGAAAAGGGCAGGGCAUGUCAGAGUGACUCACACUGGGAAAAUGGUGCCUGACCCCACCAUGAAGAGCUGUGGAAAUUCAAGAUCCUAGAGGGGCUUUUUCCAUGCCCCUGUUGUAAGAUAUGCUAGGGACCCACAGCUAUCCUGAAUGCUCGUAGUAGCUGUAGGCCAGCUCUUGACAUUUCACUACAUUUCACUAGACUAAGCUUUGAAAAAGGGAAAUUCCAACAUAAACUCCCCAUCAAUGCAGUAGAUUGUAAGCAUGAAUUUGGUCUGCUUUGCAAUGCUUUCUGGCUGUCUGCGCUGAUAGCAGAUGAAACCCCACAAACCUUGCAAUAGUUGCAUCAGCCAAGGAGCUUUUCCUUGAGCCACAUUCCAAAGGGAGGGAAAGGGCAUCCUGCUGAGAUCCUUUCAGACCCAGUGUUUCCUAAUUCUAAACCCUAAUGCAGCCACAUGAGAGGCUUUAGCCAGAAGGAACUUGCCCAUGGUGACCACAUAAACACCAUUGCUUGGGAAAUAUAUUACUCCAGAUGAAAGAAGUAGCCAUGAAUGAUGGAGAGGGGUUUAGAAAAAAAAAAAAGAAGGAAAAAAAAGGAAGAGGGAAUUCAUACCAAAUUCCCCACAGGAGAUAUUUCUUUUUUCCUGUGGUCUCUGAACAGCAGUCUAGCACUUGUGACUUUUUCAUACUGAAGGUCUGCUGCUUGUCAUAGGUGUCUUAGGAAGGAAAUGGGGUGGCUGUGGUUUGCAGAGGUGGAGGGGAGGGUUUGAAUGAAUGUUUUUGUGGUUCCUCUUGGCUAAGAAGUUUGCUUGGCAGUCACCUGUAGCUCAGUGGCACCAGAGGUGACAUUGGAGGUUCUCUUCCAGGCCUGUGCUCAGAUUCCCUGCUUUUCUGCAUUGCCACAUUAGCACUUUCACUGGAUAUUUAGAGCACCUCAGGACUGGUUCUCCUCUCGCUCACACUGGGGUAACUCAGGAGUGCUCCACUGCAACCAGUGGUGUUAAUCUGGUGUGAAAAUGAUGCGAGAGGAGGAUUCAACUCCUCGGGGGUGGGGAUUUUCCAGGUCCCCGAGGGGGAAAAAAAUCAAUGGGAGUUACAUGUCUAACUGCCACUUGUGCCUGUGAAAGUCUGCCCCUUAUCUACCUAUAUGUAUAUAGGGUACAGUUUUCAGAAUAACCUAAGUGACAUGGGCACUUGAGAGCACACAUUUCACUGGCUUUCAAAGAGACACAAGUUCUGAGGCCCAGAUGCUGAAGGAUGUCCAAACCCCACUCUGCAGCACAUUUGGGGGUCUCAGGCCUGAAAUUCUCCAGUCAUUUCCGAAAAUGGAACUGAAGAUCAUGAGUCAUUUAGGUGGUCCUGAAAGCGCUACCCUCUAUCCAUUUUUCAGGGUGUUGAUCUCAGGUCAUGUGCGAGCCUGCAUUCUUACCUACAAUGCUUUAUUAAUACAUUCUUCUGUUGAGCAAUACUUGGAAGAAGAGGUGAAGGCUGAGAUUUGCAGAACAGGCUAGUGACCCCAGUGGCUCACAUCUGGAGUGCCCAACUUGAGAGACACCUCACUGGGGUCCAAGCCACAGGUCCCCUGUAUGCUCUGAAAAUCAAGAUUCAUGUAUUACACACCCAGAACCACUGGUCACUUAUAAAAA